AUGGCCCAGGACCUUUCUGAGAACAUGAAACGCUUAGAGAAACUGUUCGAGUCACGUCUAAACCAGUUCGAGAUAAAACUGCAAAAAGCAACCAUAGGAUCUGCCAGUGCGAGCCCCGACCUAAAUGUGUUAGCAAGUGAGUUCUCAGACUUUAAAGCUUUUAUAUGGCAGGCUCUGAAAUCUUUUAAAUCGCAAAUAGAUUUAUUGAUCAUAUAUCAAGACUGGCAUGAAAUGGCAAUGAGAAGAAAAGUUCUCCUUAUUCAUGAUAUGCCGGAGAGUGACAAGGGCGAUUUAGCUGAAGAAGUCGUGCUGUUCAUCGAUGAUAAGCUUAAGUUACCUGAGAUCAGUAAGGAUAAGUUGCAUGUUUGCCAUAGACUUGGCUCGCUGCGCAACAAAAUUCGUCCUGUUCUUGUCCCACUCAGCGACUAUGAGGACCGACGCCUGAUUUGGGAGAAUAAGACUGCACUCAAAGAUUCUGGCGUCACUAUUUCCGAAUUUUUAACUAGGCUCCGUAUAAAGAACUGCUGGUCUUCUGUUGGCAAGAUUAUUGUCAGCCUUCCAGAUAAGAGCCGAAGGAAAAUCUAG